CUCGCUCGCUCGCAGCAUCAUCAUCUCUCGCUCCCUGCUCUCCCCUCUCCGGGAAGGGAAGCAGGAAGGGGGACUCUUCCCUCCCCAGGAAAGGCGAAGAAGGAGGACAACAGCGAGCCGGCAGACAGAAGCGCCACUGUGGUCCGGGGAUGGAGAAGGAGGCGGCCCGGGGAGCAGCCGCCGGGGACGGAUGGCUCUUCUGCGCUGCGGGCGGAGGCGCAGAGCGCGCAAGGGGCGAUCGGGAGCUGCCACGGGCCGGCGCCGCUGAAUGGCCAUUGUGAGCCGGAGCAGGCGGGCGAAGGCGCAGCCGAGAGAGGGCCAAAAGGAGGCAGGGAGGAGGCGACCCGGCCGUGGGCCACUCGGCGCUGAGCUCCAGGAGCAGGCGGAGGCGGCCAGCGCCCCUGUGCGCCCCCGCGCAGCAUGAGCGGAGCCGGAGGCGGCGGCGAGGUGGUCUGCUCGGGCUGGCUGCGCAAAUCGCCGCCGGAGAAGAAGUUGAGGAGAUACGCAUGGAAGAAGCGAUGGUUCAUCCUUCGCAGUGGGCGAAUGAGCGGAGACCCCGAUGUGCUGGAGUACUACAAGAAUGACCACUCCAAGAAGCCUCUGCGGGUGAUCAACCUCAACUUCUGCGAGCAGGUGGACGCCGGCUUGACCUUCAACAAGAAGGAGCUGCAGGACAGCUAUGUCUUCGAUAUCAAGACUAGCGAGAGGACUUUCUACCUUGUGGCCGAAACGGAGGAGGAUAUGAACAAGUGGGUCCGUUGCAUUUGCCAGAUCUGUGGAUUCAACCAGUCCGAGGAGAACCCAGAUUCUCUAAGAAACAUUCCUUCUGUCAUUCACGGGCCACGUUCCUCCCCGGCUGAGCUGAGUGGCUCCAGCCAGCGGCUCCUGCGAGAACGAAAGUCAUCUGCUCCUUCGCACUCCAGCCAGCCCACCCUUUUCACCUUCGAUUCACCCGCCAACCAUAUCCGGACCACGCUUUCCACCAGUGCCCCUCAAGACUAUCUCUUCCUGCACCAGUGCAUGAGCAGGAAAUCGGAGAACACCAGGAGUGCUAGUUUCUCUCAAGCCACAAGAUCCUCGUUCUUCAUGAGAAGCGACCCAUCUGUCCAGAAGCUGUCUCAGGGGAAUGGGCACUGUGUCAACGGGCAAGUCCACGGCUUCUACAGCUUGCCCAAGCCAAGCCGGCACAACUCGGAGCUCAGGGACAGUGCCUACGACCUUCCGAGGAGUUUCGGGUGCUACACGCACACCAAAUCCAGCCUCACAGGUUCCGAAACGGAUAGCGAGGAAGUGUACACCUUCAAAACCCCCAACAACACCCUUUGCAAGGACUUCGGGGAGCUAUCCACUGACUCGUACGACGUCCCUGGCACCCCUUUGUCCAUUUAUCAGAUUCCAAGGACAUUCACGCUGGACAAGAACCACAACACCCUGGGGGUGGCCUCCAACGAAAUGCCCGCCACUCCCCCACCAAGGCCACCUAAACCAGGGCAGGCAGAAACACGGUGGGGCAGCCCUCAGCAGCGCCUGCUAGACAGCGAAGGCCUAGGCGUGGGCUCAGUUGCUGCUACCAUUCCCAGAAGGAAUACGCUGCCUGCAAUGGAGAACUGCAGGCUGCACCGAGCUUCGUCUUGUGAAACCUAUGAAUAUCCUCAGCACAGCAGCAGCAGUGCAGUUCAGUCGACAGAGUCUGUGAAUGCUGGAUUCAACUCAUAUCUGCAAAACAAGGCGACGGUGGCUCGCUCUCACAGCGCAGACUCGGAAGACAACUAUGUCCCCAUGAACCCAGGCUCUUCGGUCCUGAUCAGCACGGAGAGGUCGAACGACAACUCCCAGCACCUCUACAUCCCCAUGAGCCCCGGGCCUCACCACCUGGACUUGAUGGGCAUGUCCUCCUCUACCUUCCCAGUCCACAAAGGUAGCAGCAGUUCUCAGCUGCACAGGAGGAUGAGUGAAAUCCAGCCGCCGCCCGUCAACCGCAACCUCAAGCCAGACCGCAAAGCAAAGCCAACACCUCUGGACUUGAGGAACAACACCGUUAUCGAUGAGCUUCCCUUCAAGUCGCCGGUCACCAAAUCCUGGUCCCGGCCUGGCCAGACCUUCAACUCCAACUUUUCCCAAUACUGUCGUCCCAUCUCCACCCAGAGCAUCACCAGCACAGACUCUGGAGACAGCGAAGAGAAUUACGUGGCCAUGCAAAACCCAGUCUCUGCAUCUCCCAUUCCCAGUGGCACAAGCAGCCCAGCCACGAAGAAGAGCACGGGAAAUGUCGAUUACCUGGCUCUGGACUUCCAGCCAAGCUCACCUGGCCCUCACAGAAAGCCCUCCACAUCCUCGGUUGCCUCGGACGAGAAGGUCGACUACGUACAGGUUGACAAGGAAAAGACGCAAGCUUUGCAAAGCACCAUGCAGGAGUGGACAGACGUCCGGCAGUCUUCGGAGGCCAACAAGGCGGUGAAGUAACAGCCUGCGGAGGUACACCAGGAUAAAGAGAGAGAG